UAGUUCAACUUAACUAAGUCUAGCUUAGUCUACAAUUCAGGGCACAGCUGCUAAAAGAAGAUGGGGAACGCAGUUGGGGAUCAAAAAGAGAAGGACUCCGAGGAUAUCCAAAAACAGAAGAUUCUGGAAUCAAGGAAUGGUUAUGUCCAUGGAAAAGACAGGUUUGACGGUGAAGUGAGUCUUGACGAAGCGGAAACGGCAGAUAAAAACACUGACAGAGUCUGCAAUCCCGAUCGAGAGCUGAAGAACACGCCGUCCCAUUUGAGUGAAAUCGAUCUCGUAGCUAUGAAAAUAGAUCCCAAAGACCACACCUACCCUUUUGAGAACCUCGUUUUCGAGGGAGGGGGCAGCAAGGGGCUGGCCUAUUGCGGUGCUGUGAAGGCUUUGGAAGAGCUUGGCUUAAUCGAUCAGAUCAAACGGUUUUCCGGGGCCAGCGCAGGCGCAAUUUGUGCUUCAUUGAUGUCGGUGGGAUACGGGUCACAGGACAUGCGACGUUUCCUGAGCCAAAAUAUGUCUAAAGUGUGCCUAGAUGCCAAAUUUGGAGUACUGAGUCUUCUGCCCAACCUUCUGAGUGGGUAUGGUUGGAAUCCAGGGCUCAAACUGUAUAACUGGAUGGGAGAAGUCAUAGAAAAGAAAGUCGGCAACAAAGAUAUCACAUUUGGAGAGCUUUAUAAAAAGACCGGAAAUGAACUUUGUAUUGUUGUUACAAAUGUGAACCAUAUGGUAGAAGAAUAUUGCCAUGUGAAAACUACACCGGAUAUGCCCAUCAGACUAGCGGUGCGCAUGUCCAUGUCAAUACCAGGAAUGUUCCAAGCAACAAAAUACACACAAAACGGAGAAACAAAUACAUACGUUGAUGGUGGAUUAAUAUGUAACUAUCCUCUCCACUGCUUCGACGGAUGGUGGCUCUCGAUGGAUUCCGGUGACAGUUUCUUAGAAAAACUCCAGCCGUUAGAUGAUAUUCCAAAAUUGUUGGACAGACGGCGCAGAUUUAACCGUGCCCUCAAAGACACAUCAAAAACACUAGGCUUUUUAUUGUACGCAGACUCAGAGUCGGAUGUGUUCCGAUAUAUGCUGGAAAAGAGGAUUGGGGUACAGCCUGACACAGCUCCCAAUACUAAAUUGGCAAGGAUGAAAAUGGAAAAGAAAAAGGUCCAACAAGAAACAAAAAAAGAACAUAGACGAGUAAUGGUGGCAGUAGACGAAUUUCUAAAGGUAUUGAAUAAACACAACCUGGAUAAAGAUCACACAAUUAGUCACACAGAAUUGAAGAAUGCUUUUGAAGAUGGGGAAUUUUCUCAGAAGAGCAGGGAAAUGCUGUUUGGAAAGGAUUGUACUGCAGAAAAAGCGUUUGAUCACCUUGACGAAGAUAAAGAUGGGGAGAUAAACUUUAAUGAGUUGAUAAGCUUCAUACAAAGCACAGGAGUCAGUUUACAGCAGCGUUUCCUUGGUUACCAGAGGACGGACAUUAACGACAUUGUGGAAUACUUUGACACCCUCCAGAACACUCUUCUGACAAACAUCAAAUGGGCUUUUAUUACUGAUGAAGACUUGGAUAGGACUGUGGGAAUUAACACAUGUUAUGUUGGAACCUCAGAUUUUGAAUUGGAAGAGGCUGACAAGGACUAUGUAAUAUCACAAGGCUACAAAUCAACUAUGACCUUUCUGAGAUACUUCGUCGCUAAAUUGGAAAUGUCAAAAGCCAGCAAAACAUGUCACAAACAGGACGACAUAAUAAAUGGUGUCAUAGAAGAAAAAGAUGACCUAGCUAUAGAAUACGAACCAACCCCCUUGCUUUAACAAGUAUAAAAAAUGAGUUAAGAUAUGUAUAAAACGUGGAUAAUGGCCACUUUUGAACUCACUUUUUCAUAUCUAUGUAACUUAAUUGUACUUUGCGAUGGAAUUCAUUAUUCCAGUAUUGUAAUUACCUGAAUAUGAAUUGAUUUUGUUUUUAUUUCUAUCUGCAAGUAUCUGAUAAAUGCUAUUUUUCAGGAGCUAUCUUUGGAAAAAAAUGAUAAUUUACUAAGUUUAUGGUCUUUUUAUAUACAGAUGGAUUUAUUGCAAUAGGAUUGACUAAAAGACAAGUUCUAAUGAUUAAAAAGGCAUCCGUGAAACCAGAAAGAGGCAUUUGUAAGAAUGUGGGAAAUUUUGUGAGAGAAAAAAAACCUAUUGAAUGAAAUGCAUAUUAACUUUGUCAAGUACAUGUAUCAUUUAUGUCAAUGGCAGCUAGAUUUGCUGAAGCACAAGUUGAAUUUGCUAUUAUUAUUUUCUUAGUUGCGUUUUUAAUAUUAUAUGCAAUAAACUAUAAGUUUUAA